GGUAAACUUCCUCUCUAUCUUGGUGCGUCUCUUCUAGCCACGCUGUGCAAGGAACCUGCAGCAAGCUUUCCAGUUACUUUUUUACCCAGGGUAUGGCUCUUCAGAUUUCAGUACAAGGGGUCACCACCAGUUUUUCUGACCUCCCCCCUGAUGUGCUCAGAAGGAUUCUGGGGGGACUGCCGUGGGCCAGCUUGUGUGCGGCUGGGGCAACCUGCUGCUCUUGGAGGGAGGUGGCGACGCCUCUGCAGGAGGCGAUGCACCUAGUGCACUGGGGCAAGAAGUACAAGCAUGGGACGCACGGCGAGGCUCGCAACCCCCGCAAAGCCCUGGACUGCUUCCUGGGGGGCGCAGAAAAGGGUUGCGCUGCGGCCAUGGUCGAUGGGGGCCUAAUGCUUUGGGAGCGGGGGGACAAAGCGGAGGCGGUCAGGUGGUAUAAGCAAGCGGCGGAGAUGGGGGAUAGGGUGGGGCAGACCAAUCUAGCAAUUGCGCUCCAAUCAGGGGAGGGGACAGAAAGGCAGCCCCGCGAGGCCAUCCGGUGGUUCAAGCUCGCUGCAGACGGGGGCAAUGACAGGGCGCAGUACAGCCUGGCACUGUCUUACCAGAAGGGGAUUGGGGUCGAACAGGACGCGGGCAGAGCGGCAUACUGGUACAAUCGUGCGGCGCGACUCGAGAACAGGCGGGCAAUGUACAAUCUGGCACUGUGUUACCAGGACGGGGUGGGGGUGCGCAAGGACCGCGCUCUCAGCCGCAGCUGGAUGAGGCGGGCCGCGGCGGCCGGGCACGCGCGAGCGCAACUAGAGCGGGCGAGACUCGCAGAGGAGGAGGGAAACACAACGGAAGCUUUAGUGUACUGUAACCUGGCAAUGGAAGGGGGCAGCAGAGAAGCGGAGGCAUCUCUGGUGUCCCUGACUUCGCACUUGUCUGAUCGUCAAUUGUUGGUCGCGGCUCAAAGAGCGGAAGCGUGGCAGCCCGCUGGUCGGCGUAAGAGACAACGGUGUUCCCGAGCUUGACAUGUGCGUAGUCAGCAGAACCACGGCGGCAACCUACGGUCGUCAACCUUCGACCUCGGCUUCUCACAGCGGAAGAAGCUGACGCUCGAGCUUCUGAGGGAAAAUGGCACGCAGAUGUACCAAAAAGCCUGAGUCGCGCAGGAACUCAGAGAUUAAAUCUAAGUAGGGUGCAACGGAAGCUUUGUAUGUCGUCAAAAUUGGGUAGGCCGGGCCGCGGACUUCGUGUACAAAUAUAUUCCAAUUAUUAUGGAGUGGACAUGAUGAG